ACAAAGAAGAAUAAUCAGACUUCAUUACGGUAUCGCGCAAAGCGAACAACAUCACCAAAUCGCGCAAAGCGCUUUCCCCAAACUAGCAAUCCGGAGCUACGCAAUCUAAACAAACAUGGCGACCGUCCGGCUGAUUUCCCUCGGAAGAAAUGGUUCUAUUUUAAAGUCGUGCGUUAGGAGUUCGGUCGUGACUCAGACUCGAUCCACUUACAAAUAUGUGUCUCCUGAAGACCCAAGCAUGGAAUGGAAAGACAUAACGGACAGGGCUGCCGCUACCAUAUUCUGGACUGAAUUGUGGAGAGGUAAGUGCAACUUGCAAAAGGGCUGCAUGAAGAGUGCAGUAACCAGCUUAGAAACAGUUGAACAUAUAAACAUCCAUCUGGAAUGUACCAAGUUCCGUGGAGAGCAUGCUUUGCGGCGCUAUCCAUCAGGAGAGGAACGGUGCAUUGCUUGCAAACUGUGUGAGGCAAUCUGCCCGGCUCAGGCCAUCACUAUUGAAGCAGAAGAAAGAGCUGAUGGUGCCCGUCGGACUACAAGAUAUGAUAUCGACAUGACAAAAUGUAUAUACUGCGGCUUUUGCCAGGAAGCCUGUCCUGUUGAUGCUAUUGUAGAGGGUCCCAACUUCGAGUUUUCAUCAGAAACUCACGAGGAGCUCUUGUAUAACAAGGAAAAGUUGCUAAGUAAUGGCGACAAGUGGGAGCCAGAAAUUGCUGCAAAUAUUGAAGCAGACCAUUUAUAUAGAUAAGAUGAAUGUUAUUUUUAUCAUAGCAAAGUUUAUUUAUAAGAAUACCAUCUUAGAAAGAUAUUGUUAAUUUAAAUAUUUAAACCUGUGCAGAUGUGUUGCUUAUUAAAUGUACUUUGGUGGAUAAAUUGACUAGUAGUGAUCGAGUGAGGAUGUUCACUGUGAGAUUUAUAUUGCCACUUUUCCUUUAGGUGUUUAUAAGUCUACCUUUCACAAACAACUUCAAACUGAAGGUCUUGGGGAGUGAAAGCUGUAUAGUUGUAAAUAAAAAGCCAAGACUUUG